UUUUACGACUAUUUUUAUAAAUUUGAAUUUAUUUUAUCUUAGACCUCAUAAUGUCUGCUACCUUUCGGUUAUCAGCAAAAAAGAAAGUUUCCCAAGAUGACCUCCGUCGGUUGAUGGCCGAACAGAAGGGAAAAUCAGCCAAACAACCUAAAAUCGACAAUCCACUGGCCAAAUACAAUGAUGCUGGCCAGCUUAUGUGCGUCCUGUGCAAGUCCGUGGUGCGCUCGGAGAAUGUUUGGAACGUCCACGUGAAUGCCAAGCAACAUAAAGAGAAUGUCGCCGAAGCUAAAAGGCUGAAGGAACUUACUAACAACUUCACAUCAGCUGUGAAGGUAAAAAACCAAAAGCGUCAUGGUGAUCCACCAUCUUCUGCACCUUCAGAGAAGAAGAUAAAGGGCAUAUUGAAGAAUGCCUCCGCAGUACCACAAAUCCCUGUAGUACCACAUAUUCCUAAGAACAAUGCCCCCAACAUAAUAUCCUAUCACAAUGAAGAAAUUAAAAGGGCACCUCUUCCAAACUUAAGUGAUGCACCCAAAGUUGAGAAGCCAUCCACCAGCACUCUGGCAGAUGAAGAAGUUCUGCAGCCUGCACCUGAACAACCUAUCCCUGAAGGCUUCUUUGAUGAUCCAAUAUUAGAUGCAAAGGUUAGGAACAUUGAGUACAAAGAUCCCGUAGAAGAGGAAUGGGAGAAGUUCCAGAAAGAAAUAAAAGAGGAGGCAACAGCUUCAGCAGAAAUUAUAGCCGGUGAACAAGAAGAAGCUACCGCUGAAAGACAAAUAGAGGAAAUAGAUGAACAAAUUAGGAAGUGGUCAAGGGUUCUAGACAUUGAAUUGAAAAAGGAAGAUAUUAAAAAGAAAAAACAAGAUACUGAUCAAAUGAGUGAAGAUGAAGAUUUAGAAUCCGAUAACGAAGCAGAUUUAGAUGAGUUCUUAGACUGGCGAGCAAAGAAAGCGUACAGAUAAUAGUCAUUAUAAAUAAUAAAAGAUUUAUAUGCAU